UAGCAUGCAUCCGCGCGUCGAUUUUCAUUGAACUUGAACAUUUCCAUCCGGGUUAGUUUUUUGCGAUUUCGUUUGACGUUUCGUGUGUGUGAAUUUGCACGUUUCGUUGGGUGUUUUCCUUCGGUGAAGGUAAUUUAGGUGAAAUUAUGGGUAUUCGGUGGUGGGGAUAUGUUACGCCACUGUCGUGUGACAAAGAUGGCAAGCGACAUUAUGCCCGGUUAGGAGAAGCAUGGCGGCAAGCGUGGACAUUUUGUAGUUUUACACGUUUUUUUGUACGGUGUAAUUAUGUGACUGUUUGUGAAUCUUGUUUAAUGAAAAGUUUGUAAAUAAACACUAAACCCGGGCUUUUACAAUCAUGGCGUCGAAUGACGAAUCUUCUGGUGAUGAUGAAAAUAAUAGUUUCUUGAAUAAAGGGCUAAUUCUACGAACUGAUGACUGCGAUCCUUGUUGCAACUCCUUCGGUGGAAGCCCCGGAAGGUGCUCUUGUACCAUGUCCAAGGUUCUUAACCACAACGGACAAGAAACAAUUUCAGACGUGUCACCUGAAAACACUCCGACAGUGUUAACGAAUGGCCAAAUCAAGACGGACUUGACGGAGAGGAACUACCUUACUUCCAGUGCUAGCUUUAGUGAUAGUGAUACAGUGAACAGUCGAAGAUCCAGUGAUGAAGUGAUAGGUGUGGAGGACCCCCUUGACGAAACUAAGGAGAUAGUCGAAACGUCCGACUUCCUCACCAACAACACAGAAGAAAUAAAUGAUCACAUUAGUGUGACAGAAGUUGACCAGAAUUUUUGUAUCAAAGAGGAAGAAGAUGAAUAUAAAUCAGUUUCUGAAAAUGGCUGUGAUCAAAGUUGCAAUAUUGGUGCUGUGAAUAUUACCAUAGACACUAAUAACACUUCUUUAAAUCAGGAAACUUCAAAAAACAGUGGCCUUCAGAUAAAUUCAAAUGUUAAUAAUAAUGAUAUUGAUAUAUUAAAUGAUUUAAAUUUUACAAACAGCAAUAAACUACCAAAGAAUCUUUGUCCGACACUAGAUUCAGACUUGGAUUACAGUCUCCUGAAAGGAAAGCAAGGCAUCGAGCUACUAACAGCCAUUGAAGAACAAACCAACAAUUUCAAUCAAAGCGAAUUUCGCCCAAAAAUUGAGCCUUCUUCGAACGUCGAGCUAAUCAGUUGUUCGCCGCGCAAUGCCCGGACGAGAUCAGUUGAAACCACCACGGUUCCUAAACGCAGCGCUAAGAGGGCGCUUUCGGCUGACGCCGACCACAAAGACGUGAAACUGAGAAGACUGGACUUCGACAAAGUAAAGCCUAUAAGCACUCCGAUCAAAAGUGAGCACAAAAGCGACGAUAAAAGCAAGUCGCGGCGGCACGACGGUGCGAAAAAGCACGACAGGAGGCGGAGCAGCUCGUCGAGGAAGAAGUCGGUAGGGACGCAAACCAGAUCGUCGCACAGAGAGUCCGCAAAUCCAAGGUUGAUGACGAACGGGAAUUACACUUACCCACCGUCUGAUACCAGUUUAAAAUACCGCCGUUUUUACCACAUCGAAACGCACUCAAACGGCGGGGCGAAAAUCCUGAGGAUGUACGACGACGAGCUGAAACAGUUACGCCCGGAAGAGCAGAUGGAGUUAACCGAGGAGUUUUUUACGUUAGCGUUUAAGGAAAACUCAGACGGGCACGCUAUAUUCGUCAUCGCCGUCAUUCACGGAUCCGCCAAUUUCCUUCCUGAUAUACUAGAAUACAUGGCCGAGAAAUACCCAAACCUGACUGUAAAAAACGGCCUUUUGAACAAAAGUUCCGACAUUGAAACGACCACUUUCGCUGAAUACAACAGAAACGUAACUAAACAAUACGAAAGCGGUACUGUGAGAUACGGGCCUUUACACCAAAUUAGUAUCGUCGGUACUGCGCAUGAGGAGGUGGGGGGGUACUUCCCGGACUUGUUGGAUAUGUUAGAAUCGAACUAUUUUUUAAAACUGACGAUGCCAUGGGGGCGACUAUCUAUAUGUCGGGACAUGAAACGCACAGAAUCCAACGACGGACCUAUAGUAUGGUGCAGACCCGGCGAACAGUUAGUACCAACAGCAGAUUCAAGAACCCCCUUAAAGAGAAAACGAACCGGCAUAAACGAACUUAAAAAUCUUCAGUACUUACCACGAAUGUCUGAAGCUAGGGAACACCUAUUUGAGGACAGGACUAAAGCGCAUGCGGAUCACGUGGGAGCUGGGUUAGACAGGAAAACCACAGCCGCCGUCGGGAUUCUUAAAGCAAUUCACGGAGGACAAAACGAAGGACCAAUUAAUCGUAUCACUAAAGACGUUGUGGCGUUUUCCGCCAAAUAUUUUGAUGUUCUGGCUGAAAAACUGCAGCUGGACCUGCACGAGCCGCCCAUAUCGCAGUGUGUCACGUGGAUAGAGGACGCCAAACUAAACCAAUUGCGAAGAGAAGGUAUAGAAUAUGCACGUGUAAAUCUGUACGAUAAUGACAUAUAUUUCUUGCCGAGGAAUAUUAUACAUCAGUUUAGAACGGUCACUGCAGUUACAAGCAUAGCGUGGCACGUUAGAUUGCAACAGUAUUACCCGACGUACGAAACCAAAAACGUGGAUGAAAAUGAGAUCAAUAACAAGGUACUAAUGAGAACAGAAGUGUGUGAUAAACACGAAUCGUCCAAAAAUAAUCACGUUAAAAACGUGUUGAAGGUGAAACAGAAACUAGAUUUCGAAAAACAAGUAUUAAUAGAGAAGGACAAAAUACCAAACGAGCACAAAUACAAAAGUUUCAGUAAAGAUAAGAGUCGUUCAAAGGAUAAAGUUCGGGACGAGAAUAAAGAGAAACGUAGUAAAGAUCACGAUAAACACAGCCACAAAUCAAGGAGCGACAAAGACAGACACGAACACAAAGAUAGAAGUAAGCAUGAUCGAGACAAAGAUCGCCAUCAUCACCACUACCACAAAGACAAAGAUAAAUCAAAAGAUAAAAGUUCAGACGAUAAGUCACGCCACCAUUAUCACAAAAGCCACAAAAGCAGCGACCAUAAGAGUAGACAUAAAAGUAGUCAUUCGCAUCACAAAGACCGAGAACACUCAGAUUCGAAAAAAAUUGGCAGCGAAAGUAAGAACGAAUGGAAUAAAACUUCGCUGAAUAGUAGUACGAGUAGUACGUUAUCGAGUACUUCGCUGACAAGCAGCGUACAGAAAAAUCAUUCUCCGCCUGGUAUGACAAACGAAAGUGCGCAUGCGCAGAUACCUAGGUUUAUUCCGCUGGAUAAUACGUCUCAGAUUUUGAAACACAAACAGGAGAAGAAGCCCCAAAAAAUCAUAAAACGUCCACGAUUGUCACAAUCAACUGAUGUUCUCGGUGAUAUUUUGAAAGAUAUGAACAAAUGUGACCCACAUAUAUAACAGUAACUUUUGUUGUUGUAUAAAUUACAUAUAACUGAAGUGUUCAUACCUGGAGUGUACAUAGUUGUAAAUAUUUUUUAUCGGCGAUAAUUUGGAUGAAUCUUCGUCAUCCAUACAAACACGAAUUCUAAAGCAAACUGGACAAUGAGUUAAUGAUUGUUUUAUUUACAUCCAAAUUUUAUUUACAUCGGAAUCUCAUCAUGUUUUAUCAGAUUUAUUUAUUCUUUAUAUAUUUCGUAUUUGUAAAAAUGAUUUUAUGGUGUUUUAAUUUUAUCACAGUGCGUAGUAUGUAAAUUUCGAUCUCAUCGUUUUUAAUCCGAUUUUUGCCAUUACUAAUGUAUUUUAUUUAUAAACAGUUUUAAAAUGUUAUGUAAUUUAUGAUUUUUCUUGUAAAUAUGUAUAGGUAGAGAAAUAUGUACAGAUUUUUACUUAGUCGAGACCUUUAAGCGUUGCUGUAUAUUGAAAUAUAUAUAUUAUAUAUAUAACAAUGUUAGAAAAGUUUUUAGUAAUAACUAAUAUUUUUUCAUAUCACAGCAAAAUUUUAGAUUAAUUUCUAACUAUAAGAAAAGAAUCUAUUUUUUGUGUGUUAGCUUUAAAACUACUGCGAGGUUUAUUGUAUCAAAAAUCAUCGUCUGAUACAUUAUUUAUUUACUAUUGUAACGACACCUGCAAAUUUAUUUUAUCUUUAUUUAUUUAUUAAUUUUUAUUUUAUAUAUAUAUAUUUAUGGUUUCAAAUUUAAUGAAGUUCCUUCAAAUUGAUGACUGAAUUUAAGGCAGAAUGUUUUAAUAGAACUACGAAUGGUGUCUUGUAUUUUAUGAUGUGAUAAUUUUUACGUUGUAGACAGGCUUAACUUUAUAUUCAUAUCGACACAACGCCCAUUCUUUAUUUUCCAACACAUAACUUUGUAUUACUUUUAUUUUCAUCGAGGUUGUGGCAUAAUUACCCAUUUGUAAGUUAAACCUUUGCUUCGCAUUGUUACAUUCCAUACAGUAUUGUUUAUAUGAAUAAAAAUUUCCUGUCAAUUAGAA